AUGGUUGUCAGCGUGAUGGAGCAGUACCCCAUCGAGAAGAAGGCCGUCCUACCGCUGCGAGCAGAUGUGGAGGUGAAGAAGGGCCACACAAACGCACUGCCGCGGUUCUCAAGGCGGCGUGCUGCGGCGCACCGCACAGAGGAAUGCUUCACGCCGUUGAGUGAUGCAACGCCGUGGUGCGGUGCGGUGCAAGGGGGGGCCCCCGUCGCGGGGGACGGAGGCGGUCAGCAACAGGCUCUCUCGUCUCGAGCUCGGCCGGAUUUAGAUGCGAGAAUCAAAAAGGAGACUCUGCGACGCGCUCACCAGAUGAUUGAACAACAACUUCGUCUCCGCCAGGCUGAGGCGAAGCUGCAGACAUUGAUAGCGGGUAUUGAUGCCUCCGUCAACCGCAUGCGGAAGGAGCUCAAAGAUGAGCCUGAGGCUUAUCCUGUGGCUCCCAACGUUGCCAGUGCCACUCCACCCACACAAACGACCACCACAGAUGUUCGUAACGAGACGACGGAAACGGCAGUUGUGCCUUUAGUAAGCAUUCGGAGAAUCCAAGGCGUCGCCUCGUGCACAUCGCCCUCUCUUGACACCGCAGCCGACAACGUUGACCAACGACGUAAGUAUCUGCAGGGAGGGCCGCUGCGUGGGCUUCUUCAGCGCCCAAAAGGGGCCACCAUUGCUGGAGAAGACGGGGGUCAGUGGGGAGAGUACGCGCUGUUUGGAAACAAUGUGGGCACGAAAGUUGCUGCUGCACAUGGGCAGUGGGGAUCUACAAUCAAGCAGGCACCCGAUGGGGCUUUUAUUUCGGAGAAGCCCUCGGCGUCACUCAAUGGUGCUGCGGAUGACACAAGAGAGGUGGGUGCGCAGGACACUGAGGCUGUGGAUGUGGCUGUGCGACGCCUUGUGGGUUUGCCCAAACACGAUCGUGGCCUUUAUGCCGCCCUCAGGUCUGGGUGGAAAUCCGCCUGCAAGGCCAAGACGCUCGCGCGGAUGCUGUGGCGUCAGCGUGUGCGGUCGUCCAGUUGGUGGCGGCUGGCAGGCUCGCGCGAGGGGAUGCUAGAAGCCGCGCGUGCGUUGGGUCUCGAGCCCGCCGUGUACCAGGCAGUGAUGAUGCGUUGGGUGGGAGCACACAGCGGCACCGCGUGGGCGGGAGCACACAGCGGCACCGCGUGGUCGUCCGCAAAAAAAACUGGGGCCGGUGCGGCAGCCGUGGCAGCGCUGCGUGGAGUGUUUGCGCACUCAGGGAGAGCCAGAGGGGCAUCCCCGCUGGACGCAGACGAUGAGGAAAUGCAGAGCAUGCUGGGACUCGCGCGCCAACUGGGGCAACUGAAGAUGAGAGGCAUGCUCACGUCCGAAAUGAUUGCACUGCUGCACGAAGGAGAUGUUGAACUCGUGAGGCAGGAGGUGAACAACCUGCUGAACUCUGAGGAAAUGCGCAUGCAUGCGGCGCUGCAAAUGCCCGGUUCUGAAAUGAAUAUCUCUGAGACAGACGAUGCAUCUUUUCAUGAGAUGGCGAAAGUUUUGUUGCAGGAGAAGCGGCAUGCGGCUAUGGCGGCUAUGGAGGCGAGGCAACAGGGCAAGGUGGGCACCACACUGGGGCUGGAAGGGAGUGCUGUUGGCUCUUCCGGUAGUCGUCCAGACUCUGUGCGGUAUGGUGGAAAAACUGAGUUCGGAUACGACAGCAUUCCCCCCUCUUUGCAGAAGUUGGCCAUGCACGGCGAUCACCUGCUCACGCCGGGGGAGACUGCAGCACUUUGGGCGGGCAUGGACGAGGAUGAGCGGAAGGCACUGAUCGCAGAAGCAGAAGCGGAAGCGGAAGGAGGAAGAGGAAGCAAAUCUAGUUCCGGGGACGUGUUUGCGCGCCUUCCCCCGCUGAGAGGCGCUGAUGAUGGAGAGGCGCUGCUGCGCGUCUCCAGGGGUGGUCGCCGUGGGCGUGGCAGACGCGGCAGGCAGUCCUCCAGCAGCUUACAGGACUUAAGUAAGUCUGAAACAAUCUCUCCAUUUGGCGCGACGCAGAAACCGGGUGGCGCCGUGGCGGCGGCGGCAGCAGCAGCAGCAGCAGCGGAACGUGCAGAAGGAAGAAAGCCGGGGACGGGUGAGUCCGCAUCGCCGGAGGAUGUGGAUAACGAUGAAUACCGCGGCCCCGAGUGGUGGAAGAAGCAGCAGCGUCCCCCGCCUGGCCCCAAGGGCGGCUGGAGGCCGGCUGAACAAGACAACAGCAUUGAGGGAGACGCUGGUAGUCCUUCGGUGGGAACGGACGACGGCACAGUCGAUCACUUCACGCCGCCGCGUCAACGUCGCCGCACGAUGCAAGAUUUUGGCGCCAGCAACCGUAGCGGCGAGACGAGCGCGCGGUUGAAAGGACAGCUGCCACCGCCGCCGUGGACCGUUGAACGGCGCGGUGGUGCUGGCGAAGUGCGGGAGCGGCCGCGCAAAGUCAGUCGCUUUGUAUUUGACGGCAAGUUAUACCUGAACAACGGCGACGAAAGCACCACCGAGGCUGGCGGAAGCGACGUGAGACGCCGACGUGGCCGUCGUGAGCUUCCCAGGUUUGUGCGCAGGUCGAAGAAUAACUCCGCGUUGCCGCGGACCGACCCCGCAAGUAGUGACAGCGACCACUCAACGGAGGACUCCGGCGAGCUCAGCAGUCUCUUUGAAAACGAUGACGAGGAACUCGUGCUGUUCCUCGCGACGUUCCCAGAGGAGGAGCACCACGUGCGGCUGCGCAACGAGGCGAAGGGCGUGCUAGGCGAGCUCGGUGAGAGCAGCAGCCUGCUGGUGAACUAUGCCACCAAGGCGCGGCAGCGGCAACGGCAGCCGGACACCGCGGGGCUGCAGCUGCUCGUCGGCAUCGACACGGAGGAGGAGGAGGAGCGCGCGAUGAGGCUCAAGCUGGACAAGGACGAGAUGCAACGCCGCUUCGAAGAGGAGGCGCAUGAGGAGCACUCGGAUUUGUGGCAGACGCUGCUCGCGCUGCGGAAGCAGGUGCUCGCGCAGGAGGCCUUCCUUGACGAGUGCAACCGCGACGUGCACAACCUCUCGUACCCGUCGCCCGGUGAGGACCGCGACGCCUUCGCGAUGCGCAUCACGCAGGAAGUGAACGAGUACGCCAAGACGCACCGCCUGGAUCCGCAGUACCUGCGCGAGAGCGCCGACGCGCGGAAGGACUACGCGACCGCGGUGCGCGCGUUUCUUGAGAGCUUCGCCCUGACGCGCGGCCGCCGCCUGGGGCACGACGUUGGCGUGCAGUGCACCCCGGAGGAGCUCGGCUACGUUGACGCGGACGUGCAGCGCACGGAGGAGCAGAUGGAGGACCUCUACUUCCACGCGCGGGGGCUGCUCAGCGCGAUCCGCCUGACCAUCGUCGCGGUCGCCAACGUCAUGGGCUUCCACGCGUCGCUCGAGUUGGAGUCGACGUGCAAGCGCUGCUUCUUCAUCUUCGAGUCCCCGCGGACAUUGUGGCCGUGCGGGCACACCUUCUGCCAGCAAUGCCUCACCGGCAUGCUGAGCGAGCAGGGCGAGCUCAUCUGUGACGAGUGCGGCUCGCUUUGCGAGGUCGGCUACACGCCCAACCUCGCGCUUGACCUCGUGGCGAGCUACCAGGUGAUGCAGAACAUCGACGACGAGGACGAGGACGAGGAGGUGGUCGGCUUCAUGCAGCGGCGCACGAUCGAGGGCGUGCUGGCGUCGCUGCUGCGGGACCUCACCGGCACGCAGAACACGCUCACCGACGCCCCGUGCACGACGGCCUGCCGGUCGCGCAGCGCCCCGUCGUCGCCGCAACAGCAGCAGGGAGAUGUAGCAUAG